AUGGACGAACUAAGAGUAAAAGAAGUAGAACCAUUACUGAAACUGGACGGUCAUCAUCCAUCUAUAGAAAUUAAUCUUAAUUAUACAAAUAAUAAACCAAAUCUUGUUAAAUUUAAUCGUAAACUUUUGAAACCAAAUUAUCAUAAAUGUAAUUUUGAAAAAAUUAAAGACCAUUUAAGAAAAGUUAAUUGGCAUGAACUGUUAAAUGACUUGGACCCUGAUAGUGCUGUUGAUGCUAUGUAUAAAGAACUUAAUUCAGCUAUUUUGCUGUUUGUACCAUUUAAAAAAUGUAAUCCUAACCAAUACCCAUACUGGUUUAACUUUCCUCUAAUUCGUUGCCUUCGAGAUAAGAAAAAGUAUCAUAAGUUGUAUAAAAAAUUUGGUAAUCCGAGGGAUUAUGAUACAUACAAUAUGCUGAGAACUCGUAGUAAACACUUAAUUGAAGCCUGCUACAAAUCGAUUCAAAAUGAAGUUGAGAAUAGUUUAGGUACGGCAAAUACACUAAAAUCUCUGCAAAUCCAUGUUCCAAAAGCCGUGUUAACAGGAAGGGACGCCGAGUUAAUGUGUACUUACGAGUUAGAAGGCGCACAGUUGUACUCAAUUCGAUGGUAUAGAAACAUGAUAGAAUUUUAUCGAUAUGUACCAAAGGAAUCGCCAGCUACAAAGGUGUUCCCGGUUGCCGAGAUUAAAGUAGAUGUGGCUUCUUCAGACCAAAAUCGGGUGGUGAUCAGAGAAGUCGAUCGAAUGUUGACGGGAGAGUAUCAGUGCGAAGUAUCAGCUGAUGCACCUCUGUUCCACACUGAUAUAAAAUCAGCGGAAAUGGUCGUUGUGGAACCACCUCUAUUAAAUCCUAAUGUCACUGCAGACCGCAUGACUUAUGUUGGCGGAGACCACAUACGUGCUAACUGUUCCUCUCCACCUUCUUUGCCUGCUGCAAAUAUCACCUGGUACGUCAAUGAGCAAAUGGUACCAGGAUUUACUGCGAACCAUGUUUUCAACUUUAGUAACGGUUAUGCUUCUAGUUUGGCUACUUUAGAAUUGGAAGCAGCUGUACUAUCACCUGUACCAACACUCAUGAUUCGAUGUGAGGCAUCAAUAUUCGAUGUAUGGAAAGCCACAAGUCACACUAUUGUACUCAAAGAACGUAGUGCCAAUCCUGCUUCUGCUUUGGGAAGAAGUUUUACAGGAGGAGCUACAGAGACGUGUUUACCGACAAUUUUAAUGCUUAUUUUGCAAAUUAUCCUACAAUUUUUAAUAGAAAAUUAUACAGAAACCUCCAUAAGAUAG